UGGAGUGAGAGAAAUAAUUAAAGCAGCUUAUCCAAAUGUCAGCAGGCAGAGAGGAGUGCAGGCAGCAGAGAACCAGGAGCUCGGGGACGAGACGGUGAUCAGGUCAGAAGCUCUCUGGGGAUCAAAAACGACCCAUCUGAGGAUGUUAAGACUAACAGCUGGCGUGCUCUUGCUGAGCCUGGUAGCCGGUUCGAAGUGUCCUGAUCAGCAGCGCUGUGGGGAUGAGCAAACAUGUUGCCAGAUUCACUCUGGAGAAUUCAACUGCUGUCCCUUCCAUCAGGGCGAGUGCUGUGAAGACCACUUACACUGCUGCCCCGAGGGCAUGUUGUGUGAGGUGAAAGACUCCAGGUGCACAAACGCUACACACUCGCUCCCAUGGGCCGAGAGAUUUCCUUCCGAACACUCCGGCCUCGUCAAUAAACCGGUUCUGGCGGUUUUGUGUGCUGAUGGCAUAUCCGAGUGCCCGGUGGAGACUUCAUGCUGUGAGACUGCAGAUGGAAGAUGGGGAUGUUGCCCAAUGCCCAGGGCCGUGUGCUGCGAUGAUAAAGUGCACUGCUGUCCAGAAGACAGCGUUUGUGACGUAAACAACGCCAAGUGUAUGUCUUCCACCAAUCACGAACUUCCCAUGUGGGCCAAGUUUCCUGCUCGCCAGAGGGCUGCCUGGGAGGACCGCAAAUACUCUGAUGUUCCCUGUGACGACACUUCGGCUUGUCCUGAUGGAACCACAUGCUGUAAGGAUGAACAGGGAGCAUGGAGCUGCUGCCCUCUGCCUCAGGCGGUGUGUUGUGAGGACUUUAUCCACUGCUGUCCUCAUGGUAAAAAGUGUAACCUCGCUGCUCAGACAUGUGAAGACCCGUCAGGGUCGGUGCCCUGGCUGAAGAAGGAACCGAGCCGACAGAUCGGUGAACAGAAGACUCCGGAAACCAAGGUUUCUGAUGUUCCCUGUGACGACACUUCGGCUUGUCCUGAUGGAACCACAUGCUGUAAGGAUGAACAGGGAGCAUGGAGCUGCUGCCCUCUGCCUCAGGCGGUGUGUUGUGAGGACUUUAUCCACUGCUGUCCUCAUGGUAAAAAGUGUAACCUCGCUGCUCAGACAUGUGAAGACCCGUCAGGGUCGGUGCCCUGGCUGAAGAAGGAACCGAGCCGACCGAUCGGUGAACAGAAGACUCCGGAAACCAAAGUUUCUGAUGUUCCCUGUGAUGACACUUCGGCUUGUCCUGAUGGAACUACAUGCUGUAAGGAUGAACAGGGAGCAUGGAGCUGCUGCCCUCUGCCUCAGGCGGUGUGUUGUGAGGACUUUAUCCACUGCUGUCCUCAUGGUAAAAAGUGUAACCUCGCUGCUCAGACAUGUGAAGACCCGUCAGGGUCGGUGCCCUGGCUGAAGAAGGAACCGAGCCGACCGAUCGGUGAACAGAAGACUCCGGAAACCAAAGUUUCUGAUGUUCCCUGUGACGACACUUCGGCUUGUCCUGAUGGAACUACAUGCUGUAAGGAUGAACAGGGAGCAUGGAGCUGCUGCCCUCUGCCUCAGGCGGUGUGUUGUGAGGACUUUAUCCACUGCUGUCCUCAUGGUAAAAAGUGUAACCUCGCUGCUCAGACAUGUGAAGACCCGUCAGGGUCGGUGCCCUGGCUGAAGAAGGAACCGAGCCGACCGAUCGGUGAACAGAAGACUCCGGAAACCAAGGUUUCUGAUGUUCCCUGUGACGACACUUCGGCUUGUCCUGAUGGAACCACAUGCUGUAAGGAUGAACAGGGAGCAUGGAGCUGCUGCCCUCUGCCUCAGGCGGUGUGUUGUGAGGACUUUAUCCACUGCUGUCCUCAUGGUAAAAAGUGUAACCUCGCUGCUCAGACAUGUGAAGACCCGUCAGGGUCGGUCCCCUGGCUGAAGAAGGAACCGAGCCGACCGAUCGGUGAACAGAAGACUCCGGAAACCAAAGUUUCUGAUGUUCCCUGUGACGACACUUCGGCUUGUCCUGAUGGAACCACAUGCUGUAAGGAUGAACAGGGAGCAUGGAGCUGCUGCCCUCUGCCUCAGGCGGUGUGUUGUGAGGACUUUAUCCACUGCUGUCCUCAUGGUAAAAAGUGUAACCUCGCUGCUCAGACAUGUGAAGACCCGUCAGGGUCGGUGCCCUGGCUGAAGAAGGAACCGAGCCGACCGAUCCAAGAUAACAAUGUUUCAGAGGACUCUGUUGUUCCCUGUAACGAAACUGUGGCCUGUGCUGAUGGGACCACGUGCUGUAAGACCCAAGAGGGAGGAUGGAGCUGCUGUCCACUUCCUCAGGCGGUGUGUUGUGAGGACUUUAUCCACUGCUGUCCUAAUGGCAAAAAGUGUAACCUCGCUGCUCAGACAUGUGAAGAUCCGUCAGGGUCAGUGCCCUGGCUGAAGAAGGAACCGAGCCGACCAAUCAGGGAUAAGAAUGUUCCAGAUACCAAGGUUUCUGAAGUUCCCUGUGACGACACUACGGCUUGUCCUGAUGAAACCACAUGCUGUAAGACCGAAGAAGGACAAUGGAGCUGCUGCCCUCUGCCUCAGGCCGUAUGUUGUGAGGAUUUCAUCCACUGCUGUCCUCAUGGUACAAAGUGUAACCUCGCUGCUCAGACAUGUGACGACCCGUCAGGAUCAGUGUCCUGGCUGAAAAAGGAACCGAGCCGACCAAUCAUGGAUAAGAAUGUUCCAGAUACCAAGGUUUCUGAAGUUCCCUGUGACGACACUACGGCUUGUCCUGAUGAAACCACAUGCUGUAAGACCGAAGAAGGACAAUGGAGCUGCUGCCCUCUGCCUCAGGCCGUAUGUUGUGAGGAUUUCAUCCACUGCUGUCCUCAUGGUACAAAGUGUAACCUCGCUGCUCAGACAUGUGACGACCCGUCAGGAUCAGUGUCCUGGCUGAAAAAGGAACCGAGCCGACCGACCGCAAGGGCGACUCAAAAUACAUCAACAAACGCCGUUUCAGUGAAGUGUGACCCUCACGUGUCCUGUCCUGACCACACCACCUGCUGCUUCAUGAAGAAGAGCCAGAAAUGGGGCUGCUGUCCUCUGGACCAGGCUACGUGCUGCGCAGACGGAGAGAACUGCUGUCCGAAAGGCUACACCUGCCGUGACCAGCAGUGUGUGAAAAGCUCCUGGAUAAAGUUCGACUCUGUGUCUUUCGCCUCCGUCAGGGACUCGGCGAAUCCCCAGAUCCAUACUGACAUCGACUGCGGAGGAGGGUUUACCUGCAAAGACUCUGAAACCUGCUGCAGGAUGUCAGCGAGCUCCUGGGGCUGCUGCCCGUUUCCGAAGGCUGUGUGUUGCAGUGAUAUGCUGCAUUGCUGUCCUGCUGGAUACACCUGUGACGAGUCCGGCUCCUGCACUUCAGCGAUGGGCUUCUACCCGGACGUGUUCUUCUCCAGGAAGAAACGAGCUCGCGCUGUAUAAACACACAUGCACACACACACACACACACGCACACACACACACACACACGCGCACACACGCCGAGCUCGUCCUACUGAGUGGCAUCACAUUCCAAACCAGAAUAAAGUUCACACACACACGUUACACUAAUCAGGAUUUAUGUAUUUUGUUGAUAAAUGUUGAUUUUGUUUUGAAUGGAAAAUGAAGGGCUGAAGAUCAUCCUGUUUACACUAAUUAAUCAAUGUCCAAACCUGGGUUCCAGUACUCGAUCUACACCUCUCUACACUUCCCCUGUCCACUUCGAAGUGGCCACUUGCAGCACAAGGUGACGACUAUAACUGACUUUUUCCACAAGCUUCGACGAGCAGAGAGUAGCUGACGCGAUGACCUUGAAAAUGCGUAUGGUCCGUUUCCUUUAAACCAUCUAACGAGUCUAAAUGAUCCUGCUGGUUAGCUAGCGAACAUCUUAACCUGCCAGAUGGAUAGAAGAAAAACAAAAGUAGUUUAAAAUGUUGUCGAUGUUUUUUUUUUUUUUUUUACGGCGUUCCUGACAUUCCCCCAGCGUUAUGGCUGUGCAUGAUGGAAUAGUGCCGAUGACAAAACAACAAAUACGACAGUUGUCUACCUCGCGUACAACUAGCAUGCUUACUGUCGAGCUUGCUAACUAGCUAGCAGAAUAUCAGCAUUGUUGUUUUCAGUAAUAUUUAGCUGAUUGGACGUCAAAAUGUUUCAUUCUGACCGGCUAUACUUCACACUUUGGUAGGCUAACACCAGUGAUAUCACAGUUUCCAUUGAGCAUACUGGUGUACUAAAUAGCAUGUCAGCUUCAUGAUUUAGCAUACAUCCUGUAGCUAGCUAGCUAUGUAGUAUGGAACUGUAUAUCAACACUGAUUAUUAUUGAAUACAAAUUACUGACAAUAAUAAAGCUAAUCUAGAGAGCAUGCUAAACUGGUUAGUUAGCGAUGCUAGCUAACUGGUAAGAGGGAUGUUAUGGUUGUGUAAGUAUCGUAAUGUAAUGUUUAUCACCCCCGUGUUUAAAUGGUUUUACAUGCGAAAAGAACUUGGUGUCCUCCUCUAAUGCUAGUUUUAUUAUUAUUAUUAUUAUUAUUAUUAUUAUUAUUAUUAUUUUAAUCACUUCAGAUUGCAGUGCAUUCUGCCUGAGUGCUUCUUCUGAAGUCUGUUAUAUGACAAACUUGACUCGAGCUGAUAAAAUAUGAUAAAGUGACCUUAAGAAUGCGACAGGGAUCCAUUAAGAGGAGGACAAGGUGCAGGGAAGUAGACGUCACCGAGGUCAAAUCAGUACUGGAACACAUUUGAACCCACUUUCCAAAUGAAAACACGUUUCUUUGUUAUGAGGAGAUUUUCUGUAUCGCUAUAAUACAUCGAUAUCAAUAAUAUACUUCUUCUGUGACUCCUUGAUUUUAAGAGCUGCGUUUCUUCAUUCUUUAAGCAUUUGCAGUUUGCUUCCAUACACAUUACAUCGCUGUGUUUGAACAUCUGAUUGUUCUGCCCUUUUUAUGUCGUGUGAAUGUCUGAGUUGAUUGAGUGACGGUUUUACUGAAUUGAUUAAAAAUGAUUUCUCUGAAGGA